GGCUUGUGUGAGUCAUGGCUUUGCUGAGGCCAUUGGAUGUUUGUCCCUUUUAGUGUAGAUGGUGAGGGACCGGAUCAUCUUGUAAUGUGAGCAGUCUUCUGAUGAGGACGAUGUGGAACAAGUGUAGAUGUGUCGGGUUAGAGGUUGUACGAAUUUGGCAUAAACAAACCUACUGGUAGUAUUUAUUGGUGACUUGGAAUGGGGAUUUAAAAAGGAGAUAGAACAGCCAAUAAAUGCUCCUGUUGACUGAAUAAAUCAGUGUUAUCAACAUUUAAAGGACAUGUUCUACAUUUAGGGGAAUAAACUUGCUUUAUUGAGUAUUAGAGAAGGAGAUUGAUACUGCCCACAUGUAUACUCAAACUUGAAGGUAUUGCCUGCAACGCAUGCAGACUGGAAAUAGCUAGCCCAGCUCGGGCCUGUAUACUUUCUGUCUCCGCUGGUUGCCUGGCAACCAGUCCAGGCAGGAAAGCCUCUACGUUGACCUGAAAGCAACGGGGCAAAGAGCUGAAACCGUAAUACCGUAACAGCGAUGCGAUAUAACGACGUUGCAUGAAAAAGGAUACCUUGUUGGAGCUCAACUUGCAAGUGAGUGAAUCCAGGUCAGUCAUGUUUGUUCAUGAAUAUACUUCUAAGUUAAUGUAUCUAUCACAUCUUUUUUCUAUUUCAGAACUGGGUUUGGCUCUGCGGUUCGCUGCUUCAAAAAGGUAGAACGACUUCCCAACAGGGUUCACUGUCAGUUAAACAUCUGCCGAUAAUCAUUUUCUUUUUAUUUCAAGGAUUCCAUUCAACUGUAAUCCUUUUGAUGCUUCUGUUUUUGAUGCAUCGCCUACAAAUUAAUGACAGCAUAAUAGGUUAUACCUUUCUUAUCCUGGGAAGGAGCUAGAAAAGCAUCCACUCAUGGAGUAAAUUACAUGUUUCUCCCAAUUUUAAGACUCGAUGUGAGUGAACUGUCUGGGCCUCUCAACCCACGAUGGUUGCACUACAUGUCCUUCCACCACGUAAAGCUCCCCACACUUCUCUCUUCUGUCACCCUCUCACACACAUACACACACACACCAUCAGUCUGAAUUUAAAAGGUCAAAGUCAGAGCAGGAAAUGCAUGAAUGUAUUUCUUUAGUUCUAAAAUGCAUCUUUCACUUCCCAGCUCUCUACUGCACGAGUCUGUUUCUGCCUCUGUCUGCUGCUUCUAGGCUGAGCCAUUCGACUGCUGGUUUAUCUGCUCCAACGCACACCCUCUCACUGGGGAAGUGUCACUCCCCCUCCACCUCCUCAUUCCUGCUGACUCCCUGCUCGCCCUGUCCUCUCUCGCCUCCUCGCCUCAGCCCUCUCUGGAUGCCAGUGGCUUCUAGUAAUGGAGCAGCUGACAGUCACACACCAACCAAGGCCGUCAGUCACCCGGGGCUCAGCAUCAGCGUUUCAAGAGGAGGAAGUGGGGGGCUUCACCACAGGAAGUAAAGAUGACUUGAGGUCAAACAGUGUUCCUGCAGUGACAGACCCAGCACUCACACAGCCCGGCCUCGGCAUCACAACGACGACCAUCACCACCAUCACACAGACGGGAGGAGACUGGAGCACUGGCCUGUUUGACGUCUGCGGAGACAAGACUACAUGUAACACGAAAACACAGACGGAAGCUGUAUUCUCAUAUACGCUCAGUGCCCUCACACGCCAAUCAGAACUUUAUGACGUAUUCUUCGUAUCAUUUUUUGUUCUUAGUUUAGUCUUUUGUCCGUCACAAGCAAACACACAUUGCUCACACACACACACACACACACACACACACACACAUUGUGCUUACCCUGUGCUUGCAGGUGUCCUUGGGGCCCUGGUGCCGUGCUGUUUAGACCUGAGUUUAGCUCACCAGUAUGGAGAAUGUCUAUGCAUGCCUCUGCUACCGGGAUCCACUUUUGCCAUGCGGGUUGGGAUCAGGGAGCGGUACAAGAUACGGGGAAGUGUGUGUGAGGACUGGACCACAGUGUAUUGCUGUUACCCUCUGGCUGUAUGUCAGAUGAUAAGGGAGAUGAAGCGGAGGAUGAAGACACUGACCUAUCAUGUGUCCACUGCCCUCGAAUGCUAAUGAGGAAACUCUAGCCAGUAGAUGAGGCCUGUCCUUCACAAUGCAACAGAGACGAGUGAGGGACAUCUAAGGCGUACUGUAGCACCAAGGAUCAAUACCAUAAGGUUUUUAAAUGCCUUGGACAGUGAAUCAAGCCUAUCCCACAACUUUCAAAGAAGUCUGGAAAAGAUGAACUUUCAUUUAACAAUAAACAGCAAACAGAAUCAUUGUGUAGGGCCUGUAAUUGAAACCUAUACCUUCAUACUGCUGUUGGGCCUCUUUUUAGAGAGGAUAUUAUAAAUAAACUUGGAAGCAAUAUUCUGCUUUCCUUGCAGAGGCAAGAACUCAUCAACUACAUUUUGAGUCGGGUGAAAAGCAGGUGGCAAGACGCAGGCUUUUCUUUUGGUUUCAGUCGCUGUCAGCAAACAGCACUAAACAUCUGGUACAAGUCUGUCAUACAACAGAGACUUCAAAAAGCAGCCAACUGUCUUUAAUUCUAAAAGCACGCAAUUAAUUCCAUCUCAACUCAAAAAAAGGCAGUACUUCAAUUAAGCUCAUUGUCAACAGUUCAAAGUGACAAUUUCAUUAGUAGAAAGUGGUACAAAUCAUGUGAGAAAAGGGAUUCGGGUGAACCGACCCUUUAAUUUUGCCUCGCAUUCCAGAGGCAUGAGGGGGGGGAGAUGAAGUGAGGAAACGUACAACUUUCUACUGUAGACCUUGAUGGACAAAUUGUGAACUUGAGACAUGACUCAACAUGAUCUCAUUUUCAGCAUUACAUUUAAAACUAAAUCCAAGUAAAGCAGGAGAGCCACUUAAAAGCCGAGUGUGCUCAGCCAUUUGGUUUCUUAAGGAGACCUCAUUGAUUUUGAGAGUUUUUUUUUUAAUUUCAGAGUGUGGAAUGAAAACUAGUGUGCGAGUCCAUUCAGUAUGCAGAACCACUUGUCUGAUUACCCGGCAAACAGGCCGCAGCAUUGCUCCGAUUACAGUCAACAGUUCAAGUACAGUCUGACGAUAAUAAAGUCCAUUUCCAUAUUUCAGAUUUUCUUUUAUCCCCCUGUGCUUUAGUUUGCAUUCAAUCACAUUAUCAAUCCAGUCCUGAUCGCUGUGGUUCCCUGGACCCGAAAUGCCAACCAGCGUGAACGAGUGUGUGGAAAAUGUUAUUUCUACACAAAGCAGAUGGGUCCUCAAAGGGCAAAUAUGUAAUUUGUUAACUCUUGCGGAUGUGGUCCCCGUACCUGGCAGCUGCUUCAAACGAAAUGGGGAAAGAGAAAGAAAAUGGAUUUGGUCUCAAAAAGGAGAGUGAUGUGAAUAAUAAAAUCUAAUCGUAUUUUACUUACUGUACAGUUAAUCUGCUGCAUGAAAAUACAUAUAUUUAAAUCAUUGCAAGUGUAAAUUUAUCUGUUUUUUUUUUUUACUUCGUUACAUUUUUUAUUUAUUUAAUUAUUUCUAUUUACAAAUUCCCAGCUGACAAACAUGUUUAAAAUAAUAUGUUCACCCAGUUAUAGACUAAAAUAGAGCAUAUACUGGUACAGAUAGAUACAACUGCCCCCUAUAAGCUACAAUAGCUGCCAUCCCAUGUGACGUCAGCUGCUGUUUACAAGUGCUGUUGCAUUAUUUUCAGUCCUCACUUACCUGUUCAAGUAAAAAAAAAAAUCAUUCUAAGUUUCAUGACAGCUGUAACAUACUGUAGGUUCCACAUGGCCACGGCGGUAAUAAGCUCAGCAGUAUCUUACUUAUGUCUGCAUUAGGGCACCAGCGUUUCCUGAGCAGCCCCGGUUGGAUACAUCUUCCUGCGUCUCCACCGCUCUCUGCCUACUGGGGGUUGUUAGUGAGCAGAGCUGCCUUCAGGCACUGUGGUAACAUCUCUCCCUCCCUGUGCAAUGUCCAAGUGUUAUUGCUUCAGCAUCAAUAGCUUUAAAUUGGGUUGCUAAAUUGGAAAUUUAUCUGCUUCGCAAAUCAAAUACACCCUUAAAAUGUCCUACAUGCUUUCAAACUUUAUAUGUGUAUUUACACAUAUAUUUGUCUAUAUUUAUUUUCAAACUGCUCCUUCCAAAGUAUUAGUCAUUACAGGGGACAUUUAACUAUCCUCCCAAGCCGCCAUAAAAGGCUGUUUUCCCUGCCUAAGCAAUGCAUGAUGCAUGACCUGCAUCAUGCAUCCUCCAGUGUUCAGAUUUCUACUGUUAAAGGGUCAGUUCAUGCAAUUUAUUAUCAAAUUUGGGGUGAACUGACCCUUCAAUUAUGUCACAUGUGUGCUUUACUGCUGUUUCAUGAAACAAAACCCCAAAUACAGCGAACGAAACAAGGAACCCUUGUGUGUGCUUACAGUUAAACCUCAAACCUAUUUACAUCUUGCACGUUUGCUGUACCGUCACACAGACACACACACACACACACACACUGACACAGCCUGGCCUUACGUCAUCUGUCGGAUACACUUCCAUGACUGGACCGUUAGGGGGCAGUGUUGUCCCAGAUCUGGAUCCCUUUUGUCUGUUUUCUAUUCCCACAGCUGCUUAAGUCUUAAGUGUCGAUCUGAGGUCAGAGUUGGGAAUUCCACAGCAGUCGUAGAGGUCAAGAUUUGGAACAGUGAAGCCCAUCCUAAGUCAGCAGUCGGACAGGGACCAUAAAACAUGUCUGCUGAUGUUCUUUCCUGCUGUUUCAGCAUCGGAGACGACUAUCCCCACAGAUGCAUCAGGUGUAGAGUACAGGCUGUUAUCAAGAACAGCACCUCAGGGAGUUGUGUUUGUGUGGGUGUGGAAAUGUGUGUGAUGUAUGUAUCCGAAAAGACUUUCCCCAUGAUUGUGCUCAUUGCGCGGUGUUACUGGUACAGAGAAACAACCAGUAAACAGAUAAAAUACAAAACACAGCGCAGGGGGUAGAUCAUGCCCUCCAGAGCUGCCCACGUGACUGAAUAACAACCAGCUGAAGGCGUGAGUGUUUGUGCUUUCCCCAAACUACACACUGACAUUUCUGAUAUGGCUUUUUAAUGGAUUUCCCUUCUCUUUUCCCGUCUGUCGUCUCUACCUCCUGAAUGCAUUUCCUCUCGACGGUCUUUUCGUUCUUGCCUUCCCUCCAU